AGAAGUUCUUCCUGGCUGGCUCCCCGCGCCCUGUGAUGGGGGUAGUUGGCCAGGAUGUGGUGUUACCCUGCCAGCUCUCACCCCCGGCCCGGCUGCCCAGCAUGGAAGUGCUGUGGAGGAAAACUGGAUCAGGAUUUAUCCCAGUUCACAAGUAUUCGGAUGAGGGUACCCAGGACCUGCCAGGGGAGGGUUACCAGACCCGGACGGAGCUGUUCCCGCAGGAGUUCAGCAGUGGGAACGUCUCACUGAAGCUGAAACGGCUCCAAGUGUCAGAUGACGGGAAAUACCAGUGUCUUGUGAGGAACCCAGAAUGGACCCAGGAAGCCAUCACUGAGCUACAGGUUGCAGCAGUGGCUCCAGUGUUCAUUGACGUGCUGGGCCCCCAGGGCCAGGGGAUUGGUCUGGCCUGUAGAACCGCAGGCUGGUUCCCCAAACCUGAACUCCAUUGGGUUGGAAAGAACCAGCAGAACCUCGCAAUGGAGAUUGUGACCAACGUGAUUCAGGACAGGGAGAACCUGUAUAGUGUUGUGAGUCACGUCACUGUCACAGAAGGAGAAGAGAAUGGAGACAUCAGCUGCAUAGUGCGGAAUGGCCUGCUGGAGACUGAGCAACGAUCUGCCAUUCACCUCUCAGGUGACAUCUUCCCUCGUGUUUCUCCCUGGCUGGCUGCAUUCUGGGUGAUGUUCACUCUGGUUCUCAUUGCUGCUGGAGCCUGUGCGUAUCUUGGAUUUGCAGCGAAGCGAAAGGCCUCUCUGAAGAAACGCUCUAAAGAGGAGGUUCUGUUACUUCUUGAGAGUGAGAAGAAGACCUGGGAAGCAG